UUUCUGCUCAAGCUGUGAAACAUGUGAACACAUGGAUAAACUUGGUGAAUGAAGUAUUAAUCGAUGCUUAAUAAGAACCGCUCCUGGUUUUUCUGUCCCUCAGGUGCCGGUUCUCCAUUAAACACAGAUUGGACGUGGCCUCAGUGACAUUCUUUCAGGAGUGUCUGCGUUUUCCUAGCGAGACGACCUUCAUGACAUCUGUGAGGACAAUAGACAUCCCAAACUGGUCUUUUCAUAUUUCUGGUUCCUCCCCUUUUGUUCUCAACACUUUCUUCUCUAGGAAAUAUUUUAAUGAAUUGCCGGUUUCCUUUCUGUGGACUGCCUUCCCAAUCAAGUAACAAUGAUUGCGAUGACUCCGGGCCUGCGUGCUGAAGUGGACCGAGGUUUCUUGCCUGAAAGAAUGAAGACUAUGACGGCUCACGUUACUUUUAUUUGCGUCAGAGGAACGAAUGACCAAUGGCUGACAAUGGCUGGCGGGGGAGGACAGACAGCAGGCCCUUUUUAAAAUCCUCCCAAACAGCGCUGGAGAAGAUGCAGCAGCUUCGACCACAGCGCAAGAUGAGACUCUCUUUCCACUCCGUUGCGUCUCAGCUCGGCCUCCUCUGCCUCACCCUCCUCUCCCCCAUCCCUCACACAGUCACAUCAUACCCCGUCUUCCCCACCGGCCCCCUGCCCACAGCGGAGCCAGCCCUGGUGCAGCUCCAGGCUGCUCUGGAGGGCCCAGCAGACCGCGGCUUCCUCUGGCCAACGUGGCCUCGAGACCCCCGGUCGGACCUGAUGGAGCCAGAUGAGUCCUGGGAGAACGACGGGGAGGCGCUGGUGAGGAUGCAGAGAGGGGACCUGAUGGACCGGCUGCUCUCCCCCUUUCCCGGGGGGCUGUCGCUGGAGAUGCACUACCAGGAGGGAGGAGAGGGGGAGGACGGGGGCAAACGCAACGAAGCGCUCACCUCCAUCGCAGGAGGGCUCCAGGCUGUGAGCCGGGAAAAAGGCGGAUUCGGGUUCCGGUUCGGGAGGAAAAGAUGGAACUGA